AUGGAGAACCAGCCAGUAGUGUUGGGAAACCAGGAUGGAGGGACAGCAACAGGCACAGCACCUGCUUUUUAUGUCCUUGUGAAACAGUCACAGACCAGUGGAAAAUCUGAUCAAGGAAGCUUAGUUUCAAAUCGAGAUGGCUGUGGUCUUGCUAUGAAUGCAACAGUACCAGUAAAGUCUAAAGUGAAGACUUGCCUUCCUUCCGAUUGUACCUCUGGAGGCAUUACUGUCACCCUGGACAAUAAUACUAUGUGGAAUGAGUUCUACCAUCGCAAUACAGAAAUGAUUCUCACUAAGCAAGGAAGACGGAUGUUCCCGUACUGUCGAUACUGGAUCACAGGCCUGGAACCCAACCUAAAGUAUAUCUUGGUCAUGGAUAUUUCUCCUGUUGACAACUUCCGCUAUAAAUGGAAUGGUUAUAGUUGGGAGCCCAGUGGGAAAGCCGAACCUCAUGUCUUGGGGCGGGUAUUUAUUCACCCAGAGUCCCCUUCUACAGGUCGUUACUGGAUGCUCCAGCCGGUGUCUUUCUACAAACUCAAACUUACUAACAAUACCUUGGACCAGGAAGGGCAUAUCAUUCUGCACUCUAUGCACCGCUAUCUACCUCGACUACACCUGGUGCCUGCUGAUAAAGCCACAGAAGUUAUUCAGCUCAACGGUCCUGAUGUCCAGACAUUCACCUUCCCACAGACAGAGUUCUUUGCAGUGACGGCCUAUCAAAACAUACAGAUUACACAAUUAAAAAUAGACUAUAAUCCAUUUGCAAAAGGGUUCAGGGAUGAUGGACUGAGUACUAGGCCUCAACGUGAUGUUAAACAGAAUGGUGGCUCAGAGCAUGAAGGAGGUAGUGUUGCUAGUUCUCCAAGCAAUCUCAGGCACUCCACUGAAGCUGAUGAGUUGCAUCCAGAGCAGAGGAUCCUAGAGCCAUCCUCCAGUGCAAUAUCUCACACUGAUUUGGAGAAGGAAUUACUCAGUUCAGAUCAUGACUGCUUAAGUCUUACAGAAACGGAUACACAUAUUUCUGAUAGGCCAGCACUGAAGCAGGAAGCCUUGGAAAGCCCAGUAGCUAGCCCUUGUCAAAACAGAGCUCAUGUGCCAUCCCCACUGAACUCAAAUGGAGGCAUCAAUAUUGUUGUUAAAGAAGAACCAGUAGAUGAAUAUGAUUAUGGGCCAAGUGAAUGUAUGGAAGGGAUAAGCGUAAAACGGGAAGAAGGACAUGAAGAGACAGAAGAAUAUUCCAAUAAAAAUAACUUGGUGGACAAGCAACUGAAGAAACACAGUGAAAUGGACAAAAAGGAAGUGGAAAUAGAAUCUAACAAGCAAAUGCAGAAUAGCCAGUUGGGUGUUGCCCAAGCAAAAAUGUUAAAAUUGGACAGUGGAAAGAUGCCUGUAGUCUAUCUAGAGCCAUGUGCAGUCACCAGGAAUACAAUAAAAGUGUCUGCUCUUUCACAGUCCAUGUUGUCACCUUCUAAAAGUGAGAGAUCACCGUUCAGCUAUUCAGUGGAUUCUUUGUCUAGUUGUUUUGAAAACAAUGAUCUCUCUAGCAUUUUUACAGCUAUGAAAAGUGAAGAAACAGACGUUGAGAAACAGAUUUUUGAAAAUAAUAUUCCAUGUGGAUCUUCUUCAGCAGGAGACAUGCUGUGGGAACCUGAAGCAUAUAGCAGUCUCACUGUGAAAAAGAAGGCAUCUAGCUUCAGUCUCAAGACAACUGCAUGUAGUAGGAUAUCUUCAGCAAAAGAUAACUCUGGGAAAAAGAAGACAAGUGCUUUUAAGACUCCUUUGUCCCGCAUGAGUAUUGUUGGUAACCAAAAGGUUGUGAUACCAGGCCCACGUAAAAGAGGAAGACCACGGAAAGUAAAGUCAUCAGAGGCUGGACAAACACUGAAAUUCACAGGAAAGUCAACUGCAGCAAGUACUUAUGCCUCUUUAGGGCCUUGCGAUACCCAUUUAGAUGUUAAGCCUGAUCUUGAGGAUGUGGAUGGAGUACUCUUUGUCUCCUUUGUGUCCAAGGAAGCUCUUGCUAUCCACACUGUUGAUGGAGCUGAAGAGAGAGAAGAUCUGCAGAGUAUACAAACUCCUACACUAGCUCCAUAUGAUUCAUGCAGCGAUCCAGAUGGUCAGAGGAUACAGCAACUAGAAAAAGAACUGUUGGAAGAUCUGAAGUCUUUUAAGUACAAGCAGGUGAUACAUCCUAGUCUUCAGGAAGUGGGUCUAAAGCUGAAUUUUGUCGACCCAACCAUGAGUAUUGAUCUGAAAUACUUAGGAGUACAGCUGCCGCUAAGUUAUUCAAAUGAUUGUACUUUGUGGAAAACUCUGAUGACCAAUUCCUGCUCUGCUGAUGCUGGGUUUCCCUUCGUUUCUAGAACUGGGAAAACAAAUGACUUUACGAAGAUCAAAGGAUGGCGUGGGAAGUUACAUAAUUCUUCAAAAAAUGAAGGUAACAUUUUAGAAGGCUCCUUGAAGAACCGAUCUGCCUUCUGCAGCGACAAGCUUGAUGAAUACUUGGAAAAUGAAGGGAAGCUGAUGGAAACGAACAUAGGAUUCUCUCCUAGCUCAUCUAGUGGUCCUGUAGUUUACCAGCUUCCAACUAAAAGCACCAGCUAUGUACGAACACUAGAUAGUGUUCUUAAAAAGCAAUCCACCAUUACUCCAACCAGCCCUUAUACUUUCAAGCCUCUUUCUGUGCCUUCAGUCUCUAGAAAGAAGAGAAAGAAAAUUAAAAGUAAAAAACAAGCUCUCUCUAGAGGCAAAGCAAAGUCAUGUUUCAAGCUAGCAAUGCCUUUACCUGUUGUAACAAAGCAGAAACGGAACUUAUCAGUCUCAGAAGAGAAAGUCACGAAGUCUCAGCCAAGUAGUCACACAGCUGAGGAAGAUGCUCUCAUGGCACUGAGCACAGAAGAAACAGGCCCAGGAAAACAAAUUCCUGUUCGUCAGGCACAGCAGCAGCAUCAGAAUAUUCGCCCACCAAGUUUAUCUAAGACACAAUUGAAGUUGAUGGACUUGGAAGACUGUGCACUGUGGGAUGGGAAGCCACGUACCUAUAUUACUGAAGAACGAGCAGACUUAUCUCUCACAACUCUACUCACAGCUCAGGCUUCACUCAAAAACAAACCUAUCCACAAAAUCAUCAAAAAGCGAGCACCACCAUGCAACAAUGAUUUUUGCCGGCUUGGGUGUAUCUGUUCUAGUCUAGCUCUCGAGAAACGCCAGCCUACACAUUGCCAGAAGCCAGAUUGCAUGUUUGGCUGCACAUGUUUAAAGAGAAGAGUGGUCCUAGUUAAAGGAGGCAAGCACAAGAAGAUCCUGGAGAAGUCUCUACCUGGAAGGCUUAGGUCAUAUCGUGGGAAAGAACAGGAGCAGUGGGAGGAUGAAACAAAAAAAGCAGAAGAGCAAGAGAAACUUAAAGAUAAGAAGAGAAAAAAGAAGAUAGAAUAUACAAUCUGUGACACAGAGCCAGAAAAACCUGUUAAGAACUUUCCAUUGUGGGUAAAAGUAGAUGGAGAGAUGGAUCCUGAACCAGUUUACAUCCCAACACCAUCAGCUAUUGAGCCAACAAAAUUGUUAAUACAACCCACUCUAGAUGACUUACCAUCUGACAAGCCUAUGUCCAGCGGAGCUAAGCCUGCACCUAGUGGAAUCAAGCCAAGAGUGUAUACACCCAGACCUAAUCCAGUGAUUCGAGAAGAGGAUAAGGACCCUGUCUACUUGUAUUUUGAAAGUAUGAUGACCUGUGCUCGUGUUCGGAUAUAUGAACGCAAGAUGCAGGAGAAAAAACAACAAAAGUGCCUUCAGAAUUCUGAAAAAUACAUUGAAAAGGAGCAUCCUGGCCUUCAACCCCUUAAGAUGGAACAGGGUAAAGAGCCUGGAGAGAAAAGCUGGUGGUUUUCCUGUAGUGCAGGGGAUCCAUCCACUUCCUUUGUUCAUCACACCACACCAAAUGGGACAACCAAACUAAUCGAGAUUGUUUCUGAUUGCAACUGGGAGGAGGAUCGCAAUGAGAUCUUGAAUAUCUUAUCACAACACAUAAAGAACAAGAUACCAAAGUCCCUCAAAGUAGGAAACUUUGCUAUUGAUCUAGAAUCUGAAAGCAAAACCUGGGAUGAGAAGAACAGUCCCAUCUAUUCUUCCCGAGUGAAAAUCUCCAUGCCUUCUUGCCAAAACAAGGAUGAAAAGGUUCACAUGUCUGCUUUGGAGGCACCUGGUAAUAGAUUGUCACCAAAGAAAAGGACAGAAAAAAUCACAUUCUUAACCUCUGGCUCCUUGGGCAAAUUACGAGAACAAAGGAAGAAGGGCUUGCCUUUUUAUGCUGGGCUUUUUCCUGCAGGAAAGCUUGCUGCCUAUACAUGCAAAUCUAAUUUGAAUCCCUCGUGCCUGAUUCAGGUUAAUGGUAAAAAUUAUCCUCAGGCGAAGUUGCUUUUGGGACAGAUUGGAGCAUUGCAUCCUGCCAAUCGGCUUGCUGCUUAUAUCACAGGCAGAUUGCAACCCACGGUGCUUGACAUCUCAACACUGAGUACUGUAACCUCCAAGGUGACAUCUAAUCCUAAGGUUGCUGGUUCUGAGCCACAGUCAGUUGAAGUAGCCACAUCAAAAACUGCCAAAACACAAGUUUUCACAAGGACUACAUCCUCUGCCCCUGUAGCACGCCGAAAUAUUUGUGCUCCAGCACAGAGACCCAUAGCUGCUCGGCCCUCAGAGAAUACUUUGCCAUCCCAGUUGAUAAUGAAUGCAGUUGGAGUUCUGCAGCAGAAGAUCCCUGGAGUUAAAACACCCCAACCUCUGACAGGAUCACAGCAAUUUAAUAUUAAGCCUACACCACUGUCUUCUGGAACAAGUGCUGUUACUACUGCUGUUACUAGUGUUGCUGUGACAUCACCUACUGUAACUGCUCCUAGCCUUUCAGAAUAUAAGGAAACUACCUGCUCUACUGGCAUUGCUUUAGUGAAUUCUAGUGGAAAAUCUGAAAAUAGCUCCCAUACCUCUGUCUUACCAACAACUACUAUGGCUACUGUUAAUAUAACAAAAUCUACUGGAAUAGCUACGCCAAUUGCAACCAUUGCUUUUGCUAAGUCUGUAGUAGCCUCAUCAACGAUUCCAGUUUCUGCAACACCUCUAUCAUCUGUCUUAACAACUGGAUCACCUCCCACAGUGACGACACCAAUUUCACCAAUAGACUGUGUUCGUACAGUGCCACCAGGAGUUCAGACAAGUCCUUUAUCAAACCAAAAACCAGGUGCAGCACCUGUAUCUCCAGUUACAAGUCCUCCGAGAUUAUCUCCUGUAGCAGAGAAGCGUAUGGGACCACGACUGCUUUUAAUUCCAGUACAUCAGGGGUCUCCUGCAUUGCGACCUCCACAAAACACACAGCUUGCUCAAGGGAAAAGAAUGAUUUUGCAGCCAUUAAGGAAUCCUGGUGGUGUGAAUCUCUACCGACAUCCCAAUGGGCAGAUUAUCCAGCUGGUUCCUCUGCAUCAGCUCCAACCUGCAGGACCCCAAACUAGUUUAUCACCUGUAAUGUUCCGUAAUCCAGGAUCUGUUGUAGGAAUCCGUUUGCCUGGACCUUCUAAACUUCCAGAUUCAUCUAUAUGCCAGUCCACUUCAGUUCCACCCAUGACUCUGACCACCGCAGCUACUUCAGUUUUGUCCACAAUCCCUUCUGUUUCACUGGCUCCUCUGACCACAGAGACCAACUCGGUAUUGUCUGUCACCCCAACCACCAUAGCUACUCCAGUGUUAUCUGCACCAAUUUCCUCUUCAUCUGCAUCUCUUACCACUGAAGUCACUUCAGUUUUGUCUACACUCCCAGCUACCGAGGCUUCUUCUGUGUUAUCCACAACCUCUAGUGCUGAGGCCACUUCAUUAUUGUUAGCACCCCCUACCAUUGUGGAUCCCUUAAUAUGGCCUACACACCAUUCUACGGAGGCCACUUCUGCUUUGCUCCCAUCCCCUCCUGUAAGCCAGAAAUUGCAGACUCUUAAAUCUGCGCCUGCAUCUCCUGUUUCAGCUACUCAAGCAGCACCCAUUAUUCCUCCAGUACUUGUUCCUCUAUCACAAGCUGGCAGUCUGACUCUGAGAAUUUCUCCCUCAGGACUAAAAAGCAUUAUAUCUGAGACAGAUGCAGAUCCUAAGAUUGUUGGGCAACCAAGUAGUGCAUCUAGUCUAAUACCUCUUCAGACUGGCAGUUUUGCAUUGCUUCAGUUUCCAGGGCACAAAAUUGCCUCAGAUUCCAUUGUGAAACAAGUUGAGUCUCUUGAGUUAAAGAAUAUCAGUGAGAGAUACGAGUUCAGUGCUGUUCCUAUAGAAGAGAAUACAUUGUACACAGAAGAAGUGGAGUCAGAUGUCACAAUGUCCAGUAUAAAACUAGAAGAAAAUACAUUGCCAGCAGAAAAACCAGUAGAGUUCCAUUCUGAAGAAAUCUUAUGUGACAGAAAUGCUGUUACUUCAGAGAUGAUUGAAAAGGAUGCAGACAUGGUGGGAAAACUAUCAGAAGAGGCUUUUGGCUCCCGGCCUGAUGCUGUAUCAUCAGACCAUUCCUAUCUUGGCGAAAAAAUAAAAUGUGAUGAAAUUAAGUUGAAGGUUAAGAAAAAACAGCAUGUCAGAUGUUCUGAAAAUAUGCUUGAUGAGGUACCAUAUAGUUCAGAAAAUGUUGCUGAGGGAUGCUGUCCAACUACAGUUCUUGCACACAAUUCAUUACAAAAUCAGAUGGACACUACACAGUUAGAAAGCUCGAAUGAGCAGCAAACACAACCUGACCAAACUCAAAACACAGCUACUGAUUCAGGAGGAGUAAAGCAGACACAGUUGGAAAUGGAAGAGAUGUUGGUUGAUGUACAGUCCCAGAAAUUAUGGGAGAAGCACAGAGUAAACAUGAAUGCUACAGAAAAGCUGCAGAAAAAUACAAAAUCAUCUCUGAGUCGAUGUGAGAACAAAGAUCUGGAACUCCUAGGGAGAAAUAAGAAGCCAAAUGUUGACUCUGUAUCAGUAGAGAGGGACAGGGGAAAAGAGAAAGAGAAACCUAAAAUCAGUAGUGCCAAAGACCAAAAUAAUACAUCAAGAAAGCAAUAUGUGGAUAGCGGCCAAGAGUCUUUACCUAAAAGAGAUGCAGUUUUUCAAGAGAACUCUAACACAUCUACUCAUGAAGACGUUGAUCCUAGUUUUCAGGAAGAUGAUCAGACUGUUAAGGACAGCCUUUCUAAAGCCAGCAGGCCUUGCAGCAAAGCAUCUACACAGUCAGUUGUUUUCAAAAAUGAAAAUAUGGAUGCUGAUUAUCAUGCUGAGAAAUUUGUUAGAUGCACAAAACUGAAUACAGUGAAAACCAGCCACUGCAGAAAGGAUUAUGCAGAUAUUAUUGAUAUUACCAUGGAUGAUAUGGAGAAAGAUGAAAAGACUGAUGAUUCUGCGGAUGAGACAGUCGAUGAAAUAUCUGGUUAUCGAAGUGAAGAUAUUGUGAACAUUGAAACACUGAAUGAAAGUGAAUCUAGUGAAGGAGAGGAGAAUGUGGACAUUGAGACUGUGGAAGAACUUUCAGAGAAAAUUAAUAUUGCUCGCCUAAAAGCUUCUGCUGCACAUGCCAUAUUGUCAAAGCAACGGCAUAUUGUUCGUGACCACUCAAACAAGGCAAUGAUAAAGACUCCUAAGCAUCCUGAGCUGUUGAGCAAAAAGCCAAAGAAUGAGGAGGAAGCCUUUGCUAACUACCGCCAAACUCACACAGCAAAUGAACGUCGCCGGCGAAAGGAAAUGAGGGGACUCUUUGAAAAACUAGAGGCGACUUUGGGAUUGCAAAUGGUCCCCAAAGUUUCCAAGUGCUUCAUCCUCAAACAAGCCUUUGAAGAGAUCCAAGGCCUAACAGAUCAGGCAGAUAAACUGACAGGACAAAAGAACUUGCUGAUUCGGAAGCAGGAAACAUUGAUUCGUAAAGUGUCUGCACUCUCAGGCAAAACACAAGAGGUAGUCUUGAAGAAGCUAGAAUAUAUUUAUGCCAAACAGAAAGCAGUAGAAGCACAGAAGCAGCAGCAAGAGGAAGCAGAACCGGCAAAGACUGCAGAACCUGCAGAGACUCCUCAGUCUUCUGCAGAAGCCAGUCCCUCUUCUCUUUUCAGAGAGGUGAAACAAGGCACUGUGUCCAGCAAGCGUACAAAACCAUUGAUACUCGCUAGAAAAAGAAACCAUGCCCCAGGGGAGACAUCUCCUGUGACGCUAACAAAUGCUAGUUUAGUAAUGACUGCACAAGGUCAGGUCCUUACAUUCAAGAGUCCCUUAAUGCCAGGACAGAUUGCUGCCUUGCCUUCCACUCUCCUGCAAGCUGAACUCAAAUCAGAAGUUGACAGUAGCAAUGGUACAAUGCAACCAGGUAUUGCUUCUGUGAUGAUUCAACUACCAGGAUCAACAGUACCAGUUCAAGUGAAAGGCAUCCUCCCCAACUCCACAGUUCCUAUUACUUUAUCUGCUUUGGCCAGUAGUGCUGCCUCUCCAGUUGUAGAAACAUCUCCAGAGCUCACUCCUGAAAAUGAAGACUCAUUCUUGAUGCCAAGGAUAGUAAAUGUGACAUCACUAGCUACUGAAGAAGGUAAAAAUUUAAAUCUAGACUUAAAUGAGAAUCCACGUAUAACUGCAGAUGUUAAUUCCCAGGCAUCUGAGCCUUCCUUGCCAGUACCAUCUCAGGAAACAAUAAAUAUUCAGUCUGUAGAAAAAGCUGAAACUUCUUGUGAAAACAAUAGAGACACUACUGAAACAACAGAACAUUUCCUUGGGAAAAAAGAAAUUGUUUUCCCACAAAUAGUAAAUGUCUCCACUUUAAAAGAAUCCCCAGAAUCCUUUGCAACAAAACUCUGCGCUGAAGAAUUAGCUCGAAGCCAGGUAAAAGAAAAACAGACAAACAGGGGAGGAGGCAGACAACAGUCAAAGGAUUCUUCAUUCCAGGAGUUGCAGGUUAAGGAACCCAAAGUCCUUGGGUUACAAAUGGGAUUACAAAAAGUAGCCUCUCCAAUACCAGCACCAGUUGCAAGUGACCUAAUGGACAUGGAGGACAAUGAUGAUACAGAUGAAACUCUCACCUCGCUUCUGAAUGAAAUCGCAUUUCUUAACCAGCAGCUGAAUGAUGACACUUCAGAUGCAUCGGAACUCCCCAACUCCCUGAGUUCUUGCUUUUCUCCAGAAGACAUGGAGAGUCAUAGGGAAUCAGCUACAGCAGAUAGAUCUCCCUUUCAGUUUGGCCCAUUGGGAGGAAGCUUCAAGGACUUCUCCAUAGCUCGAGAGAGCAGCGAUUCUCUAACUCCUCUCCUCCUUCACUUAGAUGAUGAUGAAUUACCUAAUGGUAACAGAAAUUCAAGAGAGCUUUCAUCUCAAUCGGAUUCCUUGAAAAUCAUGCUAAACUCUGAAGCAAAGCACCCGGAUCCUAGCUUCUCAACAAUGAGUACUGGUGGAAGUGGAAAACACAUGGAACCUUUGUCAAAGACAACACGUGUGUCACCUCCAGUUCUGCAGAUGAAAACUAACCUGGAACCUGGCAAUACUGACACAUCAUGGAGACCCAUGCCCAAACUAGCACCACUUGGGUUAAAAGCUGCAAACUUUCCAUUAGAGUCAGAAGGGCAGAAUACCAAGGUGAUGCCUGUAUUGGCACCGGUGGCUGCAAAAACCUCAUCAAUUGAAAUAAAAACUGUACAGCCAACGAUUAGUCCAAGUCCAGACAAUAAAACAAUGCCUACACUAGCACCUGUGAUUACAAAAUCAAAAUAGUGAUGCAACUUGACAUUCAAACAAAGUUCCCAAUCGUUUCCUUUUCAGAAACUUUCAAAAGUAAUUUGGGCAUGAAAUAUGCUUUUGAUAUCUAGCUUCUUAAGUUAGAUCACAAACAUAACAAUGAACGUGCAUAUGGUUUUUCAGGCUAGGGGUUUCAGACUUAGAGAACCCUAAUGACAAUAAAGUAGGAGUCCUGCCAGGUAAGCAAAUUAUGAAGAAACCCAAUUUUCUGGGUAUUUUUAGAGCCUUUCUGAAGCAGGAUGAGGAGGUUUUAAAGAAGAAUAUUAGAUACUUUAAUGCAUGUUUCCGUGGUAAUGCAGAGCUCCCCCACCCCCCAAUCAUUGAGCUAAAUUAUUUUCUUGUCUAUUUCCAGAGUUAUUUUUAAGAGGCAUGAAAGGAGACACAACAUGCUGUUUUAUUUUUCCCUUUCAGACAGUUACAGGGAAAAUCUUUUAAAUACUUCUAAAAUGCUUAGGGUUUUUAAAAAAACUUCAGGGCUGUAAAUGGAUUGUAUAUAAAUAUCGUAUCUUGAUGAACUGAGUCAUACUAGAAGAAAAAAAUCAUUAUAAGGAAACUGAAGACAGUUGAACCACACAGUGUAUUUUUGGUCCUAUUAACUGAAUAGUUGGAAAUUUAACUUUUAAGCCAGUAACUGUAUAGGGAUUUCAUGCUGUAUAGUGAUUUAUAUUUUUGUACACAGCUGCUGCUGCUUUUUUUGUAAGUAUGUAAAAUAAUGAAUUUUUCUAUCUAGGAACAAUGUUGAUAGUUGUUUCCUAUGAUGACUGUAAAUAGCAGUUUUUAAAAACUUGUGAAGCUUCUUGGUGCUGCAAGCAAGUCUGUUGUGGAAAUUGUAUGAAAUCUGAAAAUUGCUGCAUUUUUUUCUUAAUUUUAUUAAGGAAUGUAAAUCACUGUUCUUUCUUAUCCGAGCAGUAAGUGAAGCUUUCCCAUUCAUUGCUGUGGUUUGCUCACAAGGAUGGGUUCAUCUUCCAUCAGUGGAGUUGAUCAAGCUGGUGAGAAGCAGUCUUCUGCAUGAGUAUGGAAAGCUGACCAGUUGUAGUUGCUUGUUUUAGUGAAGCUUCAUGCACUUUCCAUUAAGCCCCUGCUUCUUUCUACUCAUAUGUCAGUUGCUAUAACAGUGGAUAGACAUAUUUUAAACCUCUUUUGAUUUGUAGCUUUACAAAGCAAAGGAACAUUUUACAGAAAAUUUGUGGUCACCUGAAAAGCUGGUUUGAAAUAAUAGGAUAAAGACAACUGUUUGGUAGUUUCCAUAGUCUUCCAUUGCUGGAUGCACUCUUUUGUCUACUAUUUAGUCCCAUUUUAUCAUAAGCUCUCCUUUGAUAUUAAUCAUUCAGUGCCUUAGGAUUUAGAAGAAACCUAGCAACUACAUGCUUGGUUAAAAUCUAAUCCAGUACUUCUAUUUCAGUGAUCAAACUUGGACGCAAGAGUGUUUGCUGCAGUUGCUUCCUAAUUGUAUUAGACAAAUGACAUUAUGUAUGCUGAAGAUGGUUCAGUGUGCUGAUUUUCUUCUGUGCACAGUGGCACUAACUCUAUGCUAGAAGCUUCACAAAAUGUCACACUAUAUGUUUUUCCUUUUUCUACAUCUUCCCUCAUUCCUUCUUGGUUAUAUUGCUUGCUUCAUUCUGUUUAGUUACAAAAACUAUAUAGUAACCUCCUAAAGUAGAUAAUAAAUCCAUCUGAGAAAUUAGACAAUAUUUUUUGAGAAAACAGUUGGCCAUUUUGAAGGAGCUAUCUGCAGCGGACAGUGAAGAAUUGGAGGAAAAGUUCUGUUUAAGUAAUCAAGUCCAGUUUGUAAGGCUCUUCAAAAUAUUGAACUACUUUCUCCUAAUUACUCUAUUCUGUAGUCAGGUUUCAUCCUGCAUUUGAAUGCUCAUUCCCAGAGUUUUAAACAAGCGAAUAAAAGUGCGACCCAGGAUGCAUAGUUCCACUGACCUUUAUUUCAGAGAUAAUCUUAAAAAUUAUAUGUAUUGUCGAUGGCAUUUUAUAAUCAAGAGAUCAAUUAAAACCCUCACAAAGCACAUUUUCAUUUAAUCAAGGUUCCUGGAUGUUUGAUUUUUAAUAUAUCUGUAAAGCUGAAAUGUUUUUAAGAAUAUAAUGAAUUGUCAGUUUUGAUUUUACUAAAUAUUCUUGCUCUCUUUUUCUGUAUCUCCUGAAAAGCUAAUAUUUUUAUAGAUGUCUAACAAAGACUGUUUCAGAAACAUGGGAGUGAA